UCACUAUAUUAUCACACACUAUAGAUUCACGCAAAUGGCUGCUAUACCACAAUCUCAAUCUCAACCCCUCCCACUCCAAGACCGAGUCGCAAUCGUCACUGGCUCGUCCCGCGGAAUCGGUCGAGAAAUCGCGCUUCACCUCGCCUCACUCGGCGCGCGACUCGUCAUCAACUACACCUCCGACUCGGCCCAAGCCCACGCCGUCGCGGCCCAAAUCAACGCCAACUCCGCCACGCCGCGCGCCGUAGUGGUCCAAGCCGACGUGUCCGACCCGGCCCAGGUCAAGUCCCUCUUCGACUCAGCCCAACGCGCCUUCGACUCGCCGCUCCACAUCCUCGUCAACUCCGCCGGCGUCAACGACGGCGCCUACCCCUCCGUCGCCGACACCACCGUCGAGUCCUUCGACCGCAUCUUCGCGGUGAACGCGCGGGGCGCCUUCGCCUGCGCCAGGGAGGCGGCGAACCGCUUGAAGCGCGGCGGCGGGGGGCGGAUAAUCCUGCUGACGACGUCGCUGGUGGCGGCGCUGAAGCCCGGGUACGGCGCGUACACGGCGUCGAAGGCGGCGGUGGAGGCGAUGGCGAAGAUCCUGGCGAAGGAGCUGAAGGGCACGCAGAUAACGGCGAACUGCGUGGCGCCGGGACCCAUCGCGACGGAGCUGUUCUUCGAGGGGAAGACGAAGGAGAUGGUGGAUAGGGUCGUCGACACUAUUCCCUUGGGGAGGCUCGGAGAGACCAAAGAUGUUGCAUCUGUUAUCGGAUUCUUGGCCACUGACGCUGCUGAAUGGGUCAACGGUCAAAUCCUUCGUGUCAAUGGUGGCUUUGUUUAGUUCUUCUACCAAUCCUAAAACUUUCUAGGAUAAAAAAAAUAAAAAAAAUAAAGGGGUGUUAAGCUUUUUACAUUGGCCGAAUUUGCUGAGUUUUGUAGACUCUCUAAAAUGGAACUGAAACUACUGCUAUAAAUAGCUACUAGCUGAUUUGCAGUGCAAGUGUGUUAUAUCAUAGUUUCACCCAAAACAGGUUUAUGUUGUCAGAAAGGAAAGAAACAAAGGGAUUGUCUAAACCCAAAAGAAAAAGGAACGAGUUGUAGCAAACUAAGAUUAAUAUUAUUGAGAAAAAUUUUGUUGGUUGACAAAAAAUUGGAACACAAAAGCAAGAAGUUAUCGAAGACUAGUUGUGAUAAAAAAAUCAACUUUUAGUAUUAUUCAGAAUCUAUUGCAACAUGUUACGUCCAUCAUAUUAAGUGAAGUCUUG